AUGGAGCUCUGGAACUCCACCUUAGGAAGUGGCUUCAUCUUGGUAGGGAUCCUGAAUGACAGUGGGUCUCCUGAACUGCUGGGUGCCACACUCACUGCCCUAUUCAUGUUGGCCCUGAUCAGCAAUGGCCUGUUGCUCCUGGUCAUCACAGUGGAUGUCCGGCUCCAUGUGCCUAUGUACCUCCUGCUGGGGCAGCUCUCUCUCAUGGACCUCCUGUUCACAUCGGUUAUUACUCCCAAGGCCCUCAUGGAUUUUCUGCAAAGAGAAAACACCAUCUCCUUUGGAGGCUGUGCCCUUCAGAUGUUCCUGGCCCUGACACUGGGUGGUGCCAAGGACCUCCUACUGGCUUUCAUGGCCUACGACAGGUAUGUGGCCAUUUGUCAUCCUCUUACCUACAUGAUCUUCAUGAGGCCUAGACUCUGCUGGUUCAUGGUGGCCUCAUCCUGGGUCCUGGCCACCUUGAAUGCUUUAGGACAUACAUUGUAUACCAUGUACUAUCCAUUCUGCAAGUCCCAGGAAAUCAGACACCUGCUGUGUGAGAUAUUACCCUUGCUGAAGCUGGCCUGUGCAAACACCUCCAGAUACGAGCUCAUGGUUUAUGUGACAGGUGUGACUUUCCUGAUCCCCCCUCUUGUUAUCAUUGUUGCUUCUUACACAUUAAUUCUGUUCACUGUGCUCCACAUGUCCUCAAAGGAGGGCAGGAAGAAAGCACUUGUCACCUGCUCCUCACACCUGACUGUGGUAGGGAUGUUUUAUGGGGCAGCAACAUUCAUGUACAUCCUACCCAGUUCCUUCCAUAAUCCCCAACAGGAUAACAUCAUCUCUGCUUUCUACACAAUUGUCACCCCAGCACUGAACCCCCUGAUUUACAGCCUGAGGAAGAAAGAGGUCCUGGGGGCUUUGUGGAGGGUCUUGGUAAAAUAUGUGCUGCCAACACACCCCAUCCUUUAA